GCUUAGCCGCUGCAGAUUAACUGGGAAAAACUCUGACAAUAAAGGAUGUUGUUUCCAUGUCUCGUCUUUCCCAGAGGCCGAUAAUACGUGCGGAUAUUGUUUUAUGUAUAUACAUUGAUUUUAUAGUGUGUGUGUGUUUUUUUAGUUUGGAUAACGAUGCUGGAUUUUUAUUGUAGUGUUUAAGUUUGCGAAAUGGGCUUCUGUUGACAUAASCAGCUCCAGAUGAACGAGUAGAAGACUGGCGGGGCAAAUCCGAGUCACAAGACUUUUACAGUCAGCUGCACGGACGCUUUCCAUCCCGAAGAGUCCGAAGUCAUGGAAAACCCCGGCUACUGCAGCGGCAGCUUCGACGGCCUGCAUCACCCCAGCGACGACGACGAUGACGAGAUGGUGGACAUCGCAGGGGCCACUCUGGACUUCUCCACCACAGACGACGUSCCUCCUCUCAGCUCAGCUGAUUACAAUGAGUACAGCAGCAGCAGYAGAGCAGCUGGGAUGAACAGCAGCGGCCCCUCAAAGCUCGUGGACCCUCUGGAGGACCCGCUGCCUGGAUUGGGAACCUAUGAAGACUUCAAUACCAUCGACUGGGUCAGAGAGAAGAGCAAGGACCGAGACAGACACAGAGAGAUCACCAAUAAGAGCAGGCAGUCRACUGUAGCUCUGCUGCACAGCAUCAGCGAUGCCUUCUCUGGGUGGCUACUCAUGCUGCUGGUGGGCCUCAUGGCAGGUGCUCUCGCGGGUGGCAUCGACAUYGCAGCCCACUGGCUGACGGACCUGAAAGAAGGGAUUUGUCUCAUCGGGUUCUGGUUCAACCACGAGCACUGCUGCUGGACGUCCAACGAGACGACGUUCCAGGAGAGGGACAGGUGCCCUCAGUGGCAGAGCUGGGCCGAACUCAUUGCAGGAACCUCAGAGGGAGCGUCGGCCUACAUAGUGAACUACCUGAUGUACGUAAUUUGGGCGUUGCUCUUCUCGUUCCUGGCCGUCACUCUAGUCAGGGCCUUCGCUCCAUACGCCUGUGGAUCAGGAAUACCGGAGAUUAAAACAAUCCUGAGUGGGUUUAUCAUCCGUGGCUACCUUGGGAAGUGGACCCUGAUCAUCAAGACCAUCACMCUGGUUUUAGCGGUCUCCUCUGGGCUUAGUUUAGGGAAGGAGGGUCCUCUUGUCCACGUUGCCUGCUGCUGUGCUAAUAUCCUCUGCCAUCUGUUCACCAAAUACCGCAAGAAUGAGGCCAAGAGGCGAGAGGUUUUAUCAGCGGCGGCAGCAGUUGGAGUGUCUGUGGCUUUCGGCGCUCCCAUCGGAGGAGUCCUGUUCAGUCUGGAGGAGGUGAGUUAUUACUUCCCCCUGAAGACCCUGUGGCGUUCCUUCUUCGCGGCCCUGGUGGCCGCCUUCACUCUGCGCUCCAUCAACCCGUUCGGGAACAGCCGCCUGGUGCUGUUCUACGUGGAGUUUCACGCCCCGUGGCACCUGAUCGAGCUGGCUCCKUUCAUCCUGUUGGGCAUCUUCGGAGGCCUCUGGGGGGCGCUGUUUAUCAGGGCUAACAUCGCCUGGUGCAGAAGACGUAAAUCCACCGUCCUCGGGCACUACCCCGUCGUAGAAGUGCUGGUGGUGGCAGCCAUGACCGCCGUGUUGGCCUACCCCAACAGUUACACCCGGAUGAGCGGAGCAGAGCUCAUUUCUGAGCUGUUCAACGACUGCUCGCUGCUGGACUCCUCUCAGCUCUGCGGCUACGCACAGCCAGUCAACAUGUCGGAAACGAGCACAGGGAACAGCCUGGCCGACCGGCCGGCUGGAGCAGGGCUCUACACGGCUCUGUGGCAGCUGGCUCUGGCUCUGAUCUUCAAGAUGCUGAUGACUGUGAUUACCUUUGGCAUGAAGGUUCCCUCUGGUCUCUUCAUCCCCAGCAUGGCGAUCGGAGCAAUAGCCGGCAGACUGCUGGGCGUGGGCAUGGAGCAGCUGGCUUACUACAACCAUAACUGGCUCAUCUUCAAAGGGUGGUGCUCCCCGGGAGCAGACUGCAUCACUCCGGGGCUUUACGCCAUGGUCGGAGCUGCUGCUUGUUUAGGUGGCGUUACUCGAAUGACUGUGUCGUUAGUCGUCAUCAUGUUCGAGUUGACCGGCGGGCUGGAGUACAUCGUCCCCCUCAUGGCCGCAACCAUGACCAGCAAAUGGGUGGCAGAUGCCCUCGGCAGGGAGGGAAUCUAUGAGGCUCACAUACGACUAAACGGUUACCCUUUCCUUGAGCCUAAAGAGGAGUUUGAGCACAGCAGCCUGGCUGUGGACGUGAUGAGGCCGAGGAGGGGGGACCCCGCCCUGGCCGUGCUCACGCAGGACGGCAUGACUGUGGAGGAGGUGGAGACCCUGGUGGAGAGCACUCACUACAGCGGUUUCCCUGUGGUGGUCUCUCAGGAGUCCCAAAGACUGGUGGGCUUUGUGCUCAGAAGAGACCUGCUCAUAUCAAUAGACAACGCCCGGAAGCGUCAGGACGGCAUCGUCGGCGCCUCCCUGGUGGCGUUCACGGAGCACAGCCCACCGCAGCCGCCUGAAGCUCCGCCUUUCCUCCGCCUAAGGAGCAUCCUGGACCUGAGCCCGUUCACAGUCACCGACCACACGCCCAUGGACAUCACCGUGGAUAUUUUCAGGAAAUUAGGGCUUCGCCAGUGUCUGGUUACACACAACGGGAGGCUGCUGGGGAUCAUCACGAAGAAGGACAUACUCAAACACAUGGCACAGAUCGCCAACAGAGACCCCGACUCCAUCCUCUUCAACUGAACCCCUGCCGUCUGGACUUGGAGCGGCGGAGCCCGAACACCUCUCGGAUUCUCCUGGACCACCUGGGCUUGUUUGCACAGGCGGGCUGUGGCGAAGGGAAUGGAGUUCCUCGUAAUUCGGAGGCCGUUUUGUGGGGGUCUCCAAAUACCUGUGGUCUAAUGAAGGACAAAAAGAAUAAAACUGAGUGUUGAUGACUCAUCCUCGGUGAGAUGGAGGGUGUGGUACUAAACUAAAUCCAUGGAAUAUUUCACAGCUGCUGAUUCAAAUCUCUAGAUUCCUCCUCCGUUUGCUGCCUCGCUUUUGUGCUGAGCCUGAGACUAACAGGAGGCGGAGUGGGGGAUAACUCUCUGAAACACUGAAAGGAGGAGACGGAGAUGAAGACACGAGGCAAACUGAGAGCACUUUGUGCACCGCCGUGAUCUGUGCCGCCUGGACGUCCCGACAGCUUCCUCCUCUGAUGAAUUACUGUAAGAGGAGGGUGCAGCAUCGCAUACUUCCAGUCCAUGAGGACGUCCACGACAGCCUGGGAAGUUUCCAGAAACGUGUGACUUCCUCAUGGAUGUUUUGGGAUGUGUGCUAGUCUGGGAACUCUGCGGAGCGGCCGGCGCUACAGCUUUUUCCAUCCAAAAGACAAAACAAUGAAAACAUAUCRGAGUAGCUUCAAACACCAUGUCAUGCCUUAUAAGGACUGGAAGAUGCAGCCAGAGAAUCAUCAGUCAUAGAAUAAUUUAUGUAAAUGUAAAAUUGUUCAUUCCACUAAAUUAUUUCACUACACUA